AUGGAAAUGGCGACGAAUUUCGGCAAUAACAACGCAACCACGACCCCCAGACUUCCCCCCUCGACCGACUUUGGCCCGCAGAUCAACCUUGUAAUCUGGCUCUUGACGGCGCUGUCUUCUGCCUUUUUGGCGAUGCGUGUGUAUUGCAAGUUUCUCAGACACCGGGGGUUGUGGUGGGAUGAUUACCUCUUGAUAGGGUCAUGGGUCGCUCUGGUCGCGGACUGCGCCUUCAUCUCGGCCUGUGUCAACCUCGGGUUCGGCCGGCCGUUUACUCAGUUCAACUUUGAGAAUCUCGAUAUCUUUCUUUUGUAUUCCAAUCUGGCCGGCUCUUUUUCCAUUCUCGCGGCGUUGUGGAGCAAGACCUCGUUCGCCGUCACCGUGUUGCGCAUCUCGUCUGGGUGGACUAAAGCCUUUGUCUGGUUUAUCAUCGGCACAGUAAAUGCCGCUCUGGGGGUUGCUAUUGCUAUUACCUGGGCGCAGUGUACGCCGAUUGAGAAGGGGUGGCGUCCUUUGUUGGAGGGGCACUGUUGGCCUAAGGAGAUCCAGAUUCUGCUACAACAUCUUUACUGCCGCGCCGGCAUAACCUCCCUCGCCAAAACAACGCAGCUCCCCACCAUCUCCAACGCGACCUUCACCGAAUCGACCACGCUGCUCGUGCUGCUGGGCGCCGCCGAGCCCGCCAUCACCGUCGUGGCGGCCUCCAUCCCCAUCCCUCCGGGCCCUGGUCCGCGACGCCCGCCCCGCGCCGCCGGGCAGUGCACGGUUUUACCAUUCCUAUCAUUCGGGUCCCUCACAUCAUUCAUGUCGGGAGCUGAGGUCGUUGAGUGGUGGUGGGGGUGGUGA